AUGCCAGGAACGACCUCAGACCGCUCUUCGACGCACUCGCCGGCCUCCGUGGCGUCCGCGCCCGCAUGGGCUCCCCCACGCUCCCCGCUCCCUCCCCACCGCCUAGCGAAGCUCGCAAAUGCUCUGGGCGUACCUACACCCUUGCCCGCAGGGCAUGCAUACACUCUCUCGCUCUCGUCUCCGCCUUGGCCGAGUUCCUCGUCGACGUCCCCCGCAGCCUCUGAUCACUUUAGACGGUCACCAACUCCGUCCGCAGCAUCUGUCCAAACCUAUACAUCUUCAGCCUCGUCCACGAAGUACCUCCUUCAUGUCAUCCCACCCCCUCAUUUGCCCCAUGAUAUUGACGCUGUGGACGACUCCGAUCUUUUACCCCCUCCCGCCGGUGCGUCGGGCUACCACACACAGUUCGGCCGCGGCGUGCUCGUGCCUGUUUACUCCACGCUGUCAAGCCAACUUUCCGCCAUAGCGAAGGAGUACGCACUGCCUAGCACCGCAGGUCUCAUCCUCUACCUCGUCCUCACCUCCACGUCUUCGAAACCCGAUGUUGAACCCGAGCAAGAGGAGCCCGGUCCUCGCAUAUCCGAAGACAUUUGGAGACACAUCUGGCACCGCGUCGUCAAGGCGGACAGAGAGGAUGCUCUCUCGCCCGGCCCAAGACAAUUAGGUCUGGGAAUAAGUGGCACUUCUCCCGCGUCGCCUUCCCUCAUACAGGAAGUCGCGGCGACGUCUUUGCGACCGCUCAUGUCACCUGGGAGGAUAGACGUGUCCCAAUCACAAUUGCCCAUGACACCAUCUCCUUCUACUGCGUCGCAUUCCGUAUUCUCCUCGCAGUCUGAACUGGAAACGCCGGAGUCUAUGUCAUCUCUCUCUGCAGGCCCUGAUAGUUCCCCUGAUGAGCUGCCUCUGCCUGGUCUCCGUUCGCCUGCUCUGAUCCCCAUUCUUGCGAAGGUAGAGUUCGACAUUGACAGGCGAAAAGCAGGGUGGUAUGAGCCUUGGGCAAGGAGUCGCAGGGCAAGUCAUGCAAAACGCUCAGAGUCUCGGGCGGGCACACGGAAGGGGUCAGGGUUGAGAGUGGAUGGAGAGGAAGAGAAUGGAGAUGCGGAGAAUAGGAGAGCACCAUUUGACCUCACCCUCGUCGAGCGAAUGCAGGAUGGUCGCCCGGCGUUCUUGCGCGAGCGAGACGCUCUGGCUGCUGAGGGCUAUGCCCAGCUUCAAGACGACACAUCGGACCUCGAGGAUCUCAACGCACCGGUAGGUGACCCACUUGUGGACGUCUUCGGCACAGACGAAGACACCUGGGCCGACAUGCAAGCGAGACGCGCGCGGCGCGCAGCCAACCCUAACGUCGGCGACCGCACUGGGCUGAAUGACGAGGAUGAGGUCGAGGAGCUAUGGAAUUCGCGCUCCCGCCCGGCGCUCAUCGUGUCAAUCCCCUCGCCGCCAUCUACGGGCAAGCGGCGUUCGUCGCCUACAACCGCGGGCGCAGGCAAGCGCGCCCCGCCCCCGCCGCUCAACCUUCCCGAACGCAGGGAGCAGUCCUGGAGCGUGCGUCUUGCGUACCUCGAUGGCGAUACCCCAGAUACAGAGGAGGACUUGGUACCUCCGCAGAGCCUGAAGAAGAUGAGGAGUCCGGAGGAGGAGAAACGCGAUGGCGCGAUCUUUGAGGACCUCGACCUCGGUUUGCGUGUUGAGGAUGAUGAGUUUGACGAAAAUGACCCUAAUGACCGAAGACGGAGUCAGUUCCUUAUGAAACAGCAGCUCGACGAGCUCGAAAAGAACCUUGUCCAACUGUCGCCGAGACGACUACAAACUGAGGCCUUCGAAGAUUCUCCUACGCGAGGAUUGCAUUCAGCUACCCUCUCGCCUCCGAAAUGGGGCUCACCCUCACCAUCCAGACUAAAACUCAAGACAAACGCAAGCGAGCCGACAACGGCCCAAGGGGGCGCUCAAUGGCCUGCUGUCCCAUACUCGGCUGUGAGCACGACAGACGCCUCGAGCGCAAUGAGGUCUGCAUCGCCUGCGGAAAACAGAGGCGCUUCCUCGUCGCCGCCACGUAUAGCCUUCAAUGGUCUCUCUUCUGAACCACCAAAUGGGAUGGUCAUGUCCCGCUCCCGCUCCGGCACGAUAUCUAACGAGAGUCUCGCUCGUCUUAGUGGCAGUGACUCACCUGUUAUUCCCCUCUCCCCAGACCCGUUUGGCAGGUUCCCUUCGGAGGCUGAGGCUACGCGCAUCCAUGAGGAGAGGAGCAGCGACAUGUACAAUGAUCGACGGCCCAACGGCACCUCGCGGCCCACGUCUUCUAGGAAGCCCUCUUACGAUCCGGAGAUCAGGGCGAAAUCGCAGACGCCGUCGAGCCGGUUUUCACUCGAUUCGAUCGUGUCGGAAGAGGAGAGUGAGAAGGGCUCGAAGGGUGCGCCGCUGGUAAGCAUGAAGAGCAUCAAGAAGCUGUGGCGCAAGACCAACAGCAAGCUCUCCAGCGCCUCCGUGAACGUACUCGAGUCCGGACGAUCGUCGCCUAAUGAUCCACGGGACCCUGCAGGCAAGCGCAUGUCACGGACCUCGACUAAGUCCCCCCAGUUGUCCGACCAGAUGGGCGACUCGCCGCCGAGGCUUAGGAAGCGGAAGUCGUCGUCCGCCUCUCCCUCUCCCUCUCCCUCUCCCUACCUCCCUCCAAUAUCGGCAUCUCCCUCUCCAAACUCUUCGCCCAUGUUGUCGUCAGCUGUGCCGGCCAUUUCCCCUUCGGACAGGAACGGCACCGUACGCAAGUCCAUCCUCAAGUCGUGGAAGUCAGCCAACGGGAGCCUGAAUGCGCAGCCUUCAUCGUCAUCCCAGAGCACGCCGCGCUCCAGCCAAGAAUUGCUCAACGAUAUUGGACCGAAGCGUCGUCGGCCCAGCAUCAUCGACGGGUCGACCCUCGCAACUAGGCGUGGCUCGGUGUUGUCCUCUGGCUCAGCCACGCUCGUGGACAUCCCGCCGAGCCCUGCGCUGCCGGAAGAGUUCGCACAGGCGCAGAUGAAGAAGCGGUCCAGCCAGUCGAACCUGCUCAAUGGCCGACGUGCGUCGACACGCCAGCGGCUGAGCCCGAGCAUGUCGUCGGUGUCGACGGUGUCCUCGUCGCCGCCGCGGCAGAACGGCAGGCUCACGCCGGGCGACUCCCCGCCAAAGGGCGGGGCGCUGUCGCGGCACUCGGGCGAGUCGAUGGAGAGCAGGCCGAGCUUCGACGUGUCCCAGUUCGAGAUCGUCUCGCCGAAGAUGAACUCGUACAAGCUGGAGAACACGCUCUCGUACCCGUACCACGGGCUGGACCAUGGCGAGUGA